UUCUUCUGUUGGGGUUGUGAAGGAUGGUGAAGCUCCCCUUCUGCUGCUUCUGCUUCUGCGUGGCUUAUUCAUGGAUUUAGCCAUGCAUGAUUUUGCAGAAAUGACCAAUUACAUUAAUUCAGUAAGAAACACAAAGCUAUUUGUACUCCAGCAUUCACAGGGUAAAAUGUCUUUUGCUGUUGCCUUCACUCAACUGGAGAUACCAGAAAACUUUGUUGCAGCAUCCAAGGACGUUCAGAAACUCAACCACAGAAGAACCAAAUUAAGAGGUGCCAGAGUUUCUACAGUUUCUUCGUUUCAGUCUCAACCAAGUGCAUGGGAAGGGUUUCAGGAUCUUGCUAUGGCAUUGGUAUUUGUAAUAGGCUAUGUAGCCAUCAUAUUUGAAGAAUAUCUAGCCUUCAAUAAAAGUGGAGUGGGACUGUUGAUGGCAGUAAGCUUAUGGGUGAUACGCAGUAUUGGGGCUCCAUCAACUGAUAUAGAAGUUUCAGAGUUAACACAUGCAUCUGCACAAGUCAGUGAAAUAGUAUUUUUCUUGCUUGCUGCAAUGACCAUUGUUGAGAUAAUUGACGCUCAUCGAGGAUUUAAGCUUGUUACGGACAAUAUAACAACCCAAAAUCCACGCCUUCUCCUAUGGGUGAUUGGAUUUGUUACGUUCUUUCUAAGUUCAGUUCUGGACAGCUUGGCAUCUACCGUAGUUAUGAUUUCUCUAUUGCGAAAAUUGUUACGUCUAUCAGAGUUACGGAAGAUAUUGGGAGCUGUUGUUGUAAUAGCAGCAAAUGCUGGUGGUGCAUGGAGUCCUAUUGGUGCUGUUACCACUACUAUGCUGUGGAUACACGGUCAAAUAUCUGUUGUACAAACAAUGAAGGAUUUGUUUAUACCUUCAGUCAUUUCUCUGGCUGUUCCUCUAGUUCUGAUGUCCCUGACAAGUAUAGUUAAUGAUGGAAAAGGACAAAACUCUCUCGGUGUAUUUUCCUCUGAGGAGAGUGCUCCACAAGGACUGCUUGUUUUCUCAUUGAGUUUAGGAGCUUUGCUUUUUGUCCCAGUGUUCAGGGCCUUCACAGGUUUACCUCCCUACAUGGGAAUUCUUCUCGGACUUGGCAUGCUUUGGAUCGUCACCGAUGUUAUCCAUUAUGGUGAUUCUGAGAGGCAAAAGCUAAAAGUGCCACAUGCUCUGUCAAGAAUAGACACUCAGGGAGCACUGUUUUUCCUCGGAAUUCUAUUAUCCGUUAGCAGCCUGGAGGCAGCAGGGAUUCUGCAGGAAAUAGCAAAUUACUUUGAUGCACAUGUGCCUAGUAGUGAACUGAUUGCAAGUGCUAUUGGACUCAUAUCUGCUGUAAUAGACAAUGUUCCAUUGGUUGCUGCAACAAUGGGAAUGUAUGAUGUCUCUUCUUUCCCUCAAGAUUCUGAAUUCUGGCAAUUGAUUGCAUUAUGUGCUAGUACUGGUGGAUCCAUAUUAAUUGCCGGUUCAGCUGCUGGAGUUGCGUUCAUGGGGAUGGAAAAGGUGAACUUCUGUUGGUACUUGCGGAAGGUUAGUGGCUUUGCCUUAGCAGGUUAUGCUGCUGGUGUUGCUGCCUAUUUAGUGCUUCAUAAAUCAAGAAUUUGAACAUGAAGAUUCGUUUUUCAUGGUACCAAGAGCAGGAUAGUUUGUAAAAUAAUGAGUACAACUCAACCAGAAAAAUAACUAGUUAAAAGGUUAAGAUUUUAGUGUGCAAAAAACAAAAAACUUAGGUAAAGAUUUUAGAGUAAUGAGUGAAUAAAACUACCUUUGGUUUAGUGAAUAAAUGGGAAGCAACAA